ACGAAAUGCGGCUUGCUACCGUGAGCGAAGUCGAAGUUCGAGUGAAAACCGCAGACAUUACCAAUCGUCCGCAGCACAAUUUAUUCAAAUUGCUCAGUCACUUGCCGUGGCUGCGAACAAUCGGAAAGGGUGGUUCCAGAAGCCGGUUGAUUGAAAUUUCCCAAGAUCUGGUCGACCGGCAGCAGGAGAGCUGAUGGCGUUUGACAACUCUGUCUUUCUCUGUGCGCACUUGUCUAUCGUACCUACGGACUUUCUUCUCGCUUGCAGAAGAAGUCUCGGUUGAUUGAUUCUUAAAAGCUGAUUUGGUUGCCCGGGACAAACUAAGACAAGACAAGGCAGAGGCGAUUUUCGUACCUAUGCUAAAAUUAUGUAAUUAGAUUGUUAUAAAAUUGACUUGGCGACUAGCGCUUAGUGACAUUCGCUGCCAGCUGGGGGACGUGAACGGAUUGCUUAUACGCGAGUGAUUUACGAUGUUGUUUUUGAACCUGUUUGUGUUGUCCGGUGCGCUCGUGCAGAAAGCUGCCAGCUACAGGCUCUAUCCCGGAAUAUUCGAUCCUAAUCCUUAUAUUCCAAAAACACAUCCGGAAGUUUUGCGAGUGAUGUCCAGCAUUUACGAUGGACCGUAUGUGUACGGGUGGUCAGGGGGAACCGAAGACGGUGAGAUUGGUUAUGUGAAAACCGACAGUGAAAAGGGAUCGGGAGGAUAUCAUCAUCAGGAGAGUUUUCAUAAGAAGGAUGGAAAUGAUUACGGUCAUGAGGAGGAGUCCGGGCAGGCGGAGUCGCAAGAUGACGAGGAAGGUGAUGUGAAGGGUGACGUGAAAGGUGAUGCUGGUGAUAAUGAUAAGUACAAAACGAUUGUUAGAAAACAUGAUCCUGGCAGACGAGAAGAAAAGAGAGAAAGCGCAAAGCCAAAGUACGACGUGGUGGAAGAACUUAGUGAUGAUCACAAAGAUCCCAACAAGCACACAACCUACGGUGUCCCAUCGAAAAAGCCCUCAAAACGACCAACAAGAGGACCGGUGGAGUUCGGAACAAAGCUUAGUCCACCGAAAAAAUCCUCCCACAAGAACAACCCCAACGGGUACGAAAGUGUAGUCUAUCACGAAAACGAAAGCAAGGGUUCGGAAAAGGGCUACAAUUGGCGAAACAGUCACUAUCCGCCGCCCAAGUCGAUGGUCGUCAACCUCGGCGGUGGCAAAUCGCCCAAUGAGCUGGAAGAGGACGAAGACGACGACGAUAACAACGAGAAAGAGCGAAACGAUGGAAAAAAGACAGACGACGAUGGCAGCGGACCGAAAGAUUCGGAAGGAUCGGAUUACUCGGAUAACUAUGACCAUUUUAGGUAUGGUAAUGAGUUCGCACGAGAUGACGAAGAUAACCAGGAUCGCACAGCUGCUGGGGAGCAAAGCAACACCGAAAUGGAUGGCAAGAGGGAAUCUACUCGAAACAACUACGACUACGACGAGGAAGUGGAUCGAGAGGAGAUCGACGAGUCGGCAAACGAUGAUCGUUAUUACGGGUUCGAUGAGGAAGAUGAUGAAGGCUCGGCUGAGCAAAAAAAUCGACAAUACGAGUAUACAAGUGAAGCUGAUUACGAUGCAAAGCGAUAAUGUGCAAAA